AAGAUGUGAAACAUGGCGACUUCGAAUCGAAAUACAACAGCUGAGCACCGUGAAUUUGAGUUGCAGUCAGUGAAGGAAUUUAUGAUUGCACAUGGCGGACGUGUGAAAAACCACCAACUAGUCAAUUAUUUUAGGAGAUUUCUGAAUGAUCCUACUUUUAAAGCUGUUAACCGUGAAAAGUUCAAAGAUUUUGUGAAUGAGCUGUCAACAAUCAAAGUUGAACAGGGAGAAAAGAUCCUUGUCCUGAAGCGAAAAUACCGACCCGAGGGCGACUCCAUCGAUGUCUCGUCCUAUCGUCCAGCUAGUGAUAUUUCCAUCAGCUCGUCAUCCAGUGAUGUGCGUGCUCAAUCGGAGCCACCGACACAACCCCCACCUGGUAUCCCAGCAACCAGAGAUGAAGCAGAUGGUGGAGGGAUGUCGAAAGGACGCAGUGAAAGCAGCCUUGACAGACCGUGCCCACCACCAGUGAAGUCAAUGGACAGCAUCAGUGUUAACAGUCUUGCCAUGUCAACCACAUCGGUCGCAUCAUCAGAAUCUCAGGCAUCUGCCGACUCUGGCCAGUCGUCACAGACAUCUGUGGAGGAGGAGGAUGCGAACCAGUCGGUGUUCAGCGUCAAGGAACGAGCCAAGCUCUUGAACCGCAUGGAGUCGGACAGCAGCCUCCUCAAUGUGCCCUCUCCAGGCCGCCGCAAAGAACUCAAGAGUGUCAGAGGCUCACAUGAUGACGAUGAAUCCCAUUCAUCUGGCGCCUCAUAUGUGACAUUGGAGCUGGAUGAGAGAGAAUGGAUGCUAACCUGUUGUCACUCUGAAUAUCAGGAAAUGUGUAAACUUCUCAACAAAAAUGCAAGUCUUGCUAAACUUAAAGAUUUCACCAAUGUAAGUAUGUUUUGGCAUUAAUUAGUGAUUUUUUUAUAACACAUUUUGAGGUAAUAUAAUUUUAUUCUAAUACAAUUUGUGGUCAUUUUUUAUUAAUGCUAUUGAAUAAUAAUAUCAGUAUGCUUUUAAAUCCUGCUCCGAACUUUGCCAUAUUGAAAUAUAGUUCUGUUGCCUGUUGAAGUGCAAAGUUGCAAGUAAUACAUUUUGCUAUUUUUACUUGUAUUUAUAAUGAAUAGCUAUAAGUUAACUUAUCCCCCAUAUAAUAUUUAUAAAAUUAACUCAUGAAUAUCAAAAUUGUAAUGAGUUGCCACAUGAUGUGAAGAAAGUAUCUAGAAAAUCUUCAUCACAUUUCCAUUAAAUAGUAAUGAGUUCUUUAUCAAUAUGAAAAUGUAAUUCAUAUUUAAACUGCUGUUUGGAUUUUGCAAUAAUAUAAAUACAAUGUAUAGUAAAUGUAAUUCUUUCAAUGUAAUUUUUAUUGUCAGUUAAUUCAAGGUACAUGUGUAUAAUCUAUUCAUUUCUCAAGAAUA